AAAACUAGUACUUCCUCUCUGCAAGUAGGGAUAUUUUUGAAUGGCAUACAUUCCCAAUGGUGUAAUGACCAUCAUAUCCAAGUAUAACUAUGAAGCAGACAUACAUUUGAGCAUCACUGUCAAUCAGGUAUUGAGGCAUUUGCAGAUACUAUAGUUUGUGAAAAGUCAGUGGAGCAUUUGGGCAAAGUCUAUGAAAGUAGGAGAUAUACGGAUUGUCUUUGAACGGAUAUAUUGUCAAAAACUUCUGAAGAUUUUUUGUAUUUCCUCCACCCCAGCCUAUGUCUUCAUGAUGGCCUGGUUUCAGUUGAUAAGAAUGCCAAUUACUUUGUUAAGACGGGGAUUCUCUCCUAUAAUGCUUUGCAGGGACACAGAAAUAGUGGUUAUGCAGUCAGAAGGGUUCAAGUAUUUGGAAGAGAGCUGCCCCUCUUUGUUGGCUGACCUGCUAGAAACAGUUGCAUCUGUGGAUGAUGAGUCGGGUCCGUUGAGUAGGAAGAGGAGUGGCAGCAGCAUCUUUGGCUUAGAUUUAGCAGCAGAUGGGGCUGCUGGAGAAUCUGUGAAUCCCAUUGUCAGACGCAUGCGGAGGCGGGCCUAA